AUGACUGACGUAAAUGUGAGCGAGCCGGCGCCGGCCAGCCGCGAGCCGGACGCCGUCAAGCUGUUCGUCGGCCAGAUUCCGCGGCACUUGGAGGAGCGCGACCUGCGGCCCAUGUUCGAGGAGUUCGGCAGCAUCUACGAGCUGACCGUGCUCAAGGACAAAUUCACCGGCAUGCAUAAAGGCUGCGCCUUCCUCACCUACUGUGCCCGAGAGAGCGCUGUCGUCGCGCAAAAGUCGCUGCACGAGAAGCGCACUUUACCCGGGGGCCGUCCAUUCCGCCGUUGA